AUGGAGCUGCACCAGCAAGAAUUUGCUCCGAUCGAGUCCCGAAUCCAGCUGAGAGGGCUCGGAGGUGGGGUUGACAAGCCGAAUGACAAUCUCCAAGGCAAUGAGUGGGCUGGAGAACACAGGGCGCCUGAGCCAUAUGCAGUUCUGAAAGGAGAGGGCGGAAGCGCAAAGCUCGAAGGACAGGAGUGGGCUCAGUCCCUUGGAGGCCCACCAAGGUCUUCGGGGGAUGAGACUAAUAGCCCAACUGGCAAUCUAACUGGGGACGAAUGGAGCAGGGCGACGAAGGGAGAGGAAUGGUCUGGAGGCCUGCAGGGGCGGGAAUGGUCUGGAGGCCUGCAGGGGCAGGAAUGGACUUCGCUCCGAGGCAGGGAAUUGACUGCAGCAUCAAAGCCGCAGAAGCGAGCGGAGAACCUCGUCGGGGACGAUUGGUGCACUAAGCUGGGGUCUGAAUGGACGGCCAAGUUUGGACAGCAGAAACCAACCGGAAUAUCUCGGAGAAACGACAACGGGUGGUCCUCGAAACUUGUCGGCAACGAGUGGGCCGGAGGAAUGAAAGGGUCAGAAUGGACGGGACAUUUGAAGGGGCCUGAGGGAGUCUUAGGGCUAAAGGGCGACGAGUGGACGGCUAAGAAGAUCGAGCCAUCACCGGGCUGGCAUGCGUCUGGCGCCGCUGGCAUGGGGGCACUGAUCGGUGACGAAUAG